AUGGAAGGCGCAUCAAGCGUUUCUAAGCACCCAUCACUGAAGCCAGCACUACACCUACGAGUGGCCAUUGGCAAUGCAACACAAGUCGGCAGUUUGUCACGAGGAACGCCUCUGACAGUUGUGCCGCUGAUCUCGGCAUCACUGGACUCAGAACCCGGGUUUCCCAUAUCAAUCCAUGCCAGAAAUCGUGGUCAUGGUGGGGUCGACUACGUGCGCAACGACCCAGAUGGGAAACGAAUGAGACUGACGAGUGAUUUGGUCGUUGGAGAGGGGGUUGAGGGUAACAGAGAGACUAUUCAUAUUCACUACACCGGCAUAGUGGACAUCAACAAUGAAAUGCGACGCAUACUCAGUCGUAGUCCUGAUGCCAAAUCCACCGAAUUUGGGAGUUCAUUUAUACAUGUGACUUUUGAAACUGGAGUACCAAGAUUCAAGCUGCUGGAGCAAGCCAUAUUUGUAGGAAGUGGCAGAUUCACACUUGACAGCGGCGGUCUGGGCGCUGAGUAUCGUAUAAGCCAGGUGUGUCAGGCCCCUGUCACUGUUGCUGAGCCUUCAGCCCAAGUGGGAACGGCCGAUGAGAUCGGAACGACUUCUGCGUAA